AUGAAUGAAUUAUCAGUAAAUACCAAACAAAAUUCUUUGGAUAUGAACAGUAUUGUUAUUAAUCAUUAUAAAAGAAAAACAAUUAGAAAUUCUGCACAGGAUGCAAAAUUUUAUACACCUCCUGAUUCACCAACUCAAGAAUAUGAUGAUGAUAAAUAUGAUAAAUAUUCUUCUUUUUCCGAUAAAUCAUCAUCGAUAUCGCAAAAUUCUAACAAUAACUCAAAAGAUAGUCUAAAUUUAAAGGAAGGAAAUAACGUUACCAAAUCAAGACCAAGAUUGCCAUUGGUUAAAGCCCCAACUUCAAAUCCUCCUCACUCAAACGACCCUACCGAUAUGGAUGAAGACUUACCACCUAUAAAACACCAACCCUAUCCUUGGGUACCAGAAAUCAAAAUCCCUCCAAAACUCAUUCAUGCAAGCCUUGUUCCAUUGUCUAUUCAUAAAGAACUUGGAUCAACUCGUCCACUUGUUACCAGAAUCGCUAAAUUGAAAAUAUUAAACCGUAAUUCAUCUAAACGGUUAUCAAGGGUCAACUCUAAACGCAAACAAAAACGCGUAUCUGCUAUAAUACCACGUCAACAACGUGCUUCACAAAUAUUCAGACAGAAUGUAUUGGAGCAAAGUGUGUUUUUAUCAUUUAAUGGUAAUGUUACAACUGCAAGGAAAAGUAUAAUAGGAGAACGAGAAUUAAAAAAAGACCGGCGUAGAAAAGAAAAAAAGAAAAUAAAUAAAACUUUAAGUGAUGAUGAAUCGGGAGAGAUUGACGCCUUAAAUCCAAUCAUUAUUCAAAAAAUUUUGGAUAGCGAAGUUUUAGAAAAACGUAUUAAAGAAGAUCUUCUUAUAAAGCAGAAAAUGAUGUCUCCGAAACCACCACCAAGAAGAGCAACAACUGAAUUACAUUUAUCAACUGAAAUAAAUCAAUCGAGUGACACCACUACCGCCGCUCAUACUUUUAAACGUCACAAGACCACGAAUUCUCUAUUAAUUGCUCCCGUGCCUGAUAGAAGAUCCGUUAAAUCCGAAUUAAAUAACAGAUCAUUAUAUAAGUCAAUAGAUUUUCCAACAUUUCCAGCCCAUUUAUCAAGACAUUCUUAUUACACAGAGAAACCUGAUUUAGUGAUACCACCUCUCCCAUCUCCUUCACCGCAAUAG